AUGGCGUCAGUGUGUGUGGCUGUCCGUGUUCGACCCUUGAACAAAAGAGAAAAGGACAUGUCAGCGAUGGUGAUUAUCCAGAUGAAGGGGAAGAUCACUUCUGACAUACACAAAGCUAUUCCUGGCAGUGGUCUGACGGACCGAGGAAGACAUUCAUUCUCCUAUGAUUUCUCCUACGAUUCUACUGAUGUCAGAAGCCCCAACUUUGUACCUCAGGAGAAGGUGUUUAAAGACUUGGGCUGUGAUGUCCUGAAGGCAGCUUUUGAAGGUUACGACGCCUGUGUGUUCGCCUAUGGACAAUCCGGGUCAGGGAAGUCUUAUACCAUGAUAGGAAACCCAGGAGAUCUAGGUCUGAUUCCACGUAUCUGUGAUGGACUGUUCUGUCACAUAUCAGAGAUGGACCAGGUGGAUGGGGUCUCCUUCCGCAUAGAGGUCAGUUACCUGGAGAUUUAUAAUGAGCGUGUACAAGACCUCCUCACGACGAAGACGGACCCAGAGAACGGGUCAGGACUCCACCUCAGAGAACACCCCAAGGAUGGGCCCUAUGUGGAGAACUUGUCGACGCACUUGGUUCAGAACUACACUGAUAUUGAGGAGCUAAUGCAUGCUGGGAAUGCCAAACGCAUCACGGCGAACACGGGCAUGAAUGACGUUAGCAGUUGCUCUCACUCCAUCUUCACCGUCAUCAUCACACAGGUUCGUUUUAACACAGAGCUGCCGUGUGAGAUGGUGAGUAAGAUCCACCUGGUAGACUUGGCAGGCAGUGAGAUGACUGGUGCCAGACUGAAGGAAGGAGCCAACAUCAACAAGUCCCUGGUCACUCUGGGUAGUGUCAUCUCUGCUCUGGCUGAUACAUGUGUGACUGGAGAAGGGAGCUCCCACACAGGGAAGAUGAAGAAGCAGCUGUUUAUCCCCUACAGAGACUCUCUUCUGACCUGGCUCCUGAAGAAUAGCCUGGGGGGAAACGCCAAGACAAUCAUGAUAGCAACCAUUUCUCCUGCUGACGUGCACUACGGCGAGACACUUAGCACUUUGCGCUACGCUAACCGAGCUAAGAACAUCGUUGACUGUGGGCUUGUUGACGAGGACAGCGGCGUUAAAGUCAUCAGAGAACUGCAGGAGGAGAUUGGUAGACUGAGAAGACUGAUGGAGAAUAACAACCAGGUCGGUGUUCUAAUAUCCGAAAGGCUCUCUAACACUCUGAAGGUGGAUGAGAAACUCCAUAAGAAUGAGGCCCAAGAAGGCGAUGCUAGAAAAAUGUCCAUCCUGAAUGGUAGUGCCAGGAAAUGCCAGGAAGAGACUGUAGCUCUGAGGAAAGAGGGUAUCCGUGUAGCGUUGGACUCAGAACCUCAUCUAAUCAGCAUCGACGAUGAUCUUCUCAGCACCGGCGUUAUUCUCUAUCAUUUAAAAGAGUAUGUUCCCUCACCCUUGCUAUGGAAGGUCUCUUCAGAGGACGGACAGCUCUGUAGCUCAGAGCUCACAGCGUUGGAAUGA